GAGCCUCGUGUAUUCGUCUCUCGCAUUUAGACUUGUUUGACAUUGAAAUACUAUCUUGGGCACAUAAUAUUGGCGGCCAGAAAUUCACGGCAUAACUAAAAUUUAAGUCAGUGACGAAAUAUUCAUAUUAGGGUGUGUGAGUGCCUUAUUGAAAGCAAAGUCUACUUCACAAAUCUUAAAUUUUUAUAAGCGAAAGAGAAAACAGGAGAAUUACAAGUGAAGAUGGAGGGAUUCCGUGAUGGAGUAACAUAAAUUUAAACUUUUAAAAUUGUCACUGAAAAGUGCCUGCAACAAAUUCUUGAGACCUUGUUGCUUUUCAAGUUGUUGAAAAUCCAGUAGUAAUAGUAGUAGUUGAACUAGCUAUUAUUGAAGACAUCGCAAGAAAACUUGGAACCAAAAAAGGGGUCCCCUGAAACUUGCUCUCAGUAUGGCUGACCAUAUAAGCAGUUAUCCUGUCCUGAAAUCAUUUUUAGCUGGAUCCUUCAGUGGCACUUGCUCAACUCUACUGUUUCAGCCACUUGACCUCAUCAAGACACGAUUACAAAGUCCUUUUCAGACAAGAACUACAGGAUAUGGAAUGGUCUCUCUGUUGUGCCAUGUGGUCAAAAAUGAAAAAGUGAUUGGUCUGUGGAAGGGAACUGUUCCAUCAAUGACUCGUUGUGUCCCAGGGGUUGGGCUGUACUUUUGUUCGCUCAACUGGUUACAGCGAACACUUGAGAAAAAUGACCCUUCUCCUAUUGAUGCAGUUUGUCUGGGGAUUUCAGCAAGAUCACUGACGGGUGUUAUUCUUUUACCUAUAACAGUUAUCAAAACUAGAUAUGAGAGUGGUGUUUACAGUUACGUUGGUGUAGUACAAGCUUUAAGAGUUAUACACACUACAGAGGGUUUCAAGGGUUUGUUCAGUGGACUGAUCCCCACACUGUUACGAGAUGCACCUUUUUCGGGCAUAUACCUAAUGUUCUACACACAGACCAAAAAAGCUGUACCCGAAUCUUGGAGGGAUGGAAUGACUCAAAUUCCAACAAUAUUUCUCUGUGGAACGUUUUCUGGAUUAUUGGCUUCUACAUGUACCCAGCCAGCAGAUGUUAUCAAGACUCACAUGCAGUUGUACCCAAGCAGGUUCACGAGGGUCUCAAUAGCAGUUUUGUACAUCUAUAAGGAAUAUGGACUUGCAGGAUACUUCAAGGGACUUGUGCCUCGAGUACUCAGAAGGACUCUUAUGACAGCUCUGGCUUGGACUGUAUUUGAACAGGUCUCACGCGAAUUAGGCCUGAAGUGAAAGAAAGACUACAUAUGAAUUCAGAACAUGUUUAUAUUUUGCACUGUUAUAUGGUUUAUAUAUUUUCAAGAAGUAUGAAAAUGUUUUGUCUCUAAUAGCAUUGUCAACAUGUUACUUUUUUUUUGUGUUUUAUUUUUUGAAAACAAGUUGAUUUAGGAAGAAUUGUGUGGAGUGAAUUCUUGCAGAACCUUGUGUUAAAAUCUAGUGUUCCUAUGUUAUCUGAGCCUAUUGUGUUAUGAAUGUUUCACACUAAUUGGUCUUUAUACAUAAGUGUUUUCCUUUAGUUUUCAUUUUAAAGUUAAGGUCUUUUUACCAUAUUUCUAAGAAACUAAUUUAACUUUUAUUCAUUAUUUGACAUAUUAUCCUUGCAAUAUUUUUCAUUACGAUGUUUUGUUAACCUAGUAAACUAUAUAGUUCUCUAAUAAAUAUACAAAAAACUUUUAUACAGUCACUUUUCUUAAGGUUUGCUUAGAAUGUUAUAUUAAUUCAUACCAAUAGAUUAUUUACUUAAAAUUGUCGCACUGUUCAUCAUUGUUUUGUGUAAGAUUGUAUCAUACAAACAUCUUUACUCUCACUUAGGUAUGAAAUAUUGAAUUAUAAUACUCAUGGUGGAACAGUAUUUUUUUUUUUAUCUUUAAACCCAGAAAUAAGUGCCUUUGAAGUAGUUACGUAGUAAUAUUUUAAAAAAUUAAAUGUUUUUUUUUAUUAAACUUGUACUAGGUUGAUGUAAUAAACUGUACAUAACUACUAUUAUUAUUA